AUGAUGGAGCGAGUGCUGUUAUUGUUUAGCUUAGCGGCCCUGGCCACUUCAUUUACUAUACCGGUUUCCCCUAAGGUUCAUGAGGUGUAUGAGAAUGGCGAGGAUGAGAACCCAAUCCUUAACCCGGGGUCAGACGCCAACCUGUUUGAAGGGGACAUUUUAAUUCCAGCAGGAAGGAAUGCCAUGGUUGACAAAAAAUACAGAUGGAAAUUUCCAAUUCCUUACAUUCUUGGUGAUGAUUUGGAUCUGAAUGCCAAGGGCUGCGUCCACCAGGCUUUUGAAAUGUACCGGCUGAAGUCUUGUAUCGACUUCAAGCCCUAUGAGGGAGAGAAGACGUUCAUCAAGUUUGAAAAGAAAGGAGGGUGUUUCUCCAGCGUUGGUGACCAGCAGAACGGCCAGAUUCUGUCUCUGGGGCCAGGUUGUGACCACAAGGCGGUGAUUGAACAUGAGCUACUCCACGCUCUGGGAUUUUACCACGAGCAGUCCCGCACAGACAGGGACGACUAUGUCGACAUCUGGCUGGAUCAGGUUACACCGGGACUGCAACACAACUUCAACAAAUACAACGAUGACUACAUCACCGAUCAAAACACGCCGUAUGACUACGAGUCCGUCAUGCAUUACAGGCCCUUCUCCUUCAAUAAGAACGAAUCCAUCCCCACUAUCACAACCAAAAUCCCAGAGUUCUACAAUAUCAUUGGCCAGUACCUCGACUUCAGCAAGAUGGAUGUCCUCAGGCUCAACCGGAUGUACAACUGCUCUGGUCCUCUCACCCUGCUGGACCAGUGUUCCUUUGAGUACGCCAGCAUCUGCGGGAUGAUCCAGGCCUCCUCUGAUGAUGCUGACUGGGUCCAUACCAAGAGCAGUGUGGGUGCAGAGGAUCAUACACUGCUGGGAAAAUGCAGAGAUGCUGGGUACUUUAUGCACUUCAGCACCAUGACUGGGAAGCCUCAGGAGUCCGCACUGCUGGAAUCGCGAACCCUCUACCCCAAGAGGAAGCUUCAGUGUCUGCAGUUCUUCUACAAGAUGACUGGAAGUUCCUUGGACAGGCUGGUGAUCUGGGUCAAGAUAGAUGACGGCACAGGCACCAUACGUAGAAUGAAGAAAAUACGCACCUUUUAUGCGGAUUCUGACCACACCUGGAAGAUUGCCCAUGUCCCAAUGGAGGUAGGGGCAAAAUUCCGCUAUGCUUUCCAAGCGGUGCGCGGUGAACCAUCUGCAUCUGCUGGCGGCAUCUACAUCGAUGACAUCAGCCUCUCCGAGACACGCUGCCCCAACGCCGUGUGGAGGAUCCAGAACUUCUCCAAGAUCAUGGAAACGGCUGACACCAACACAGUUAUCGACAGCCCUCGCUUCUACAGCCCUGAAGGCUACGGUUACGGUGUCCGUAUCAUGCCAUUGUCGAGUUACACUGAUUACACAGGGAGUUACACCGGGCUGUACUUCCACCUGGCCAGCGGGGACAACGAUGCGGUGAUGAAGUGGCCAGCGGUAAACAGGCAGGCCACCUUGGUGGUGAUGGACCAAGACCCUGACAUUAGGCUGAGGAUGUCCACCGCACGCAGCCUCACGACAGAUAUGAGGAUGACAUCCGAUGGAAAGUUAUUUUGGGACAAUCCCUCCAAGGUGGGGAAGUACGACCCUUCCUGUGGUUGCUACAGAGGUGAAUCAUGGGGCUGGAGGAACUUUGUCAAGCACUUUGACCUCAGGCGGCGCAAUUACCUCAAGAACGAUGACCUCAUCAUCUUCAUCGACUUUGACGAUAUAACAUCGCUGAUUAACACAGAAGUUCCCAUUGAACCAAAGGAGUAAGGUGACACAGGAUUUUAUAUCAUGAUUAACUAGAGGGCAACAUAUGCAGCUGGGAUGAAAAGAACAACCUGUGAACACGAAGAAAGGAUGAUACAUUAUCAGAAUUAUAA